GGCCCUGUUUUCUUUUUUCUUACUGACAGAAUGUGAUUGCUACCUAAAACGAUGAUGAAUCUCACGACGCAUUUGCAGCCUCAGUCCCCUGCUGUUGCCACGCAGAAGAACAUCCAUGUCCUCGUGGGAGUGACCGGAAGCGUGGCUGCCUUAAAACUACCACUUCUCAUAACGGAGCUUUUGAAGAUACCCAAAGUGGAAGUGCAGGUGGUGACUACAGAGAGGGCCAAACACUUCUACAACCCCCAGGAGCUCCCGGUGACCCUCUAUGGGGAUGCAGACGAAUGGCAGCUGUGGAAAGGGCGCACGGAUCCCAUCCUCCACAUCGACCUGAGGCGCUGGGCGGACCUCAUGCUGGUGGCGCCUCUGGACGCAAACACCCUGGCCAAGAUUGCCAACGGCAUCUGCGACAACUUGCUGACGUGCGUUGUUCGCGCCUGGGAUCUCAAGAAGCCGCUGCUCUUUUGCCCCGCCAUGAACACAGCCAUGUGGGAACACCCAAUCACGGCACGGCAAGUCGAGCAGCUCAAGAGCUUCGGCUACAUGGAGAUCCCUUGCAUCGUGAAGAAGUUGGUUUGCGGAGACGAAGGUCUCGGCGCCAUGGCCGAAGUCCCGACCAUUGUGGGGAAAGUGGAGAUGAUCUUAGUGGAGCAAGGCUUGCUUGCACGGAGCUGACCCUCCCGGAAUGGAUUGC